ACGUCAUUGUGGAUUUGAGCAGGUAUUGGGCUACGGUUGGGCUGGGCUUUUAAGGAAAUACGUAGUUGAGCCGGCACAUAUGUGGUGGCCCAGUACACUUGUUCAGAUCUCCCUUUUCCGUGCAUUGCAUGAACAAGAAGAUGAUGAUGACAAUGAAACUGUGAACGCCAAUGGAAACAAACGGUCAAUGUCGCGUGCAAAGUUCUUUGUGAUAGCACUUGUAUGCAGCUUUUCAUGGUACAUAUUCCCCGGUUAUCUCUUCCAAGCAUUAUCAAGUAUUUCAUGGGUGUGCUGGGCAUAUCCAAAAUCUGUCACUGCUCAACAGAUUGGAUCAGGUCUGAAUGGCCUUGGAGUCGGGGCAUUCACGUUAGACUGGGCUACUGUAGCUUCAUUCUUGUUCAGUCCUCUUAUUUAUCCGUUCUUUGCAAUAGCCAAUGUCUUUGUUGGCUAUGCCUUGAUAUUGUAUGUUGUGAUUCCUAUAUCCUAUUGGGGGUUCAACGUCUACAAUGCCAAAAAUUUUCCUCUGUAUUCCUCGGACUUGUUCACUGCACAAGGUCAGGAGUAUAACAUAUCACUUAUUGUGAAUAACCAGUUUAAGCUCGAUCAAGCCGAGUAUGAUAAGCAAGGGAGAAUAAACCUGAGCCUUUUCUUUACUCUUACUUAUGGAUUUGGAUUUGCCACCAUUGCUUCUACUCUUACUCACGUUGGCUUGUUUUAUGGAAGAGAGAUUUACCAACGCUUUCGAGCUUCCUCAGUGGGAAAGGUUGAUGUCCACACGAGGCUGAUGAGAAGAUACAAAGACAUACCUUCGUGGUGGUUUUACUUGCUUCUCCUCGUGACAACUCUGGUAUCGCUUGCCCUUUGCGUCUUCCUGAAGAGCCAAGUUCAGCUGCCGUACUGGGGACUCCUCCUUGCAGCUGCACUUGCUUUCAUUUUCACACUUCCAAUCAGUAUCAUUACUGCAACCACAAAUCAGACUCCAGGCCUAAACAUAAUCACUGAGUACAUUAUGGGCACGAUUUAUCCUGGAAGACCUAUUGCUAAUGUGUGCUUCAAGACCUAUGGCUAUAUGAGCAUGACUCAAGCAAUCUCCUUUCUCAGUGAUUUCAAGCUUGGUCAUUAUAUGAAGAUACCUCCACGUUCAAUGUUUUUAGUUCAGUUCGUUGGAACCAUAAUUGCAGGAACCGUUAACCUGACCGUUGCAUGGUGGCUCUUGGAUUCUAUUGACAACAUAUGUCACCAGGACAAAUUUUCCAAUAGCCCUUGGACUUGCCCCGGUGAUCACGUCUUCUUUGAUGCAUCAGUCAUUUGGGGUCUCGUAAGUCCUAAGAGGAUUUUCGGCCAUCUUGGGAAUUACUCAGCACUGAACUGGUUCUUUCUUGGCGGAUUGCUUGGACCAGUUUUAGUGUGGUUACUACAUAAGUCAUUUCCGAAACAAACGUGGAUACCCCUCAUUAACCUCCCCGUGCUUCUUGGAGCGACAGCUUUGAUGCCACCAGCAACUGCUCUCAACUACAAUUCUUGGAUUUUGGUUGGAACAAUUUUCAACUUCUUCGUUUUCAGGUACAGGAAGAAAUGGUGGCAAAGGUACAACUAUAUCCUUUCCGCAGCUUUAGAUGCUGGAGUCGCGUUUAUGGCUGUGUUGCUCUACUUUACUGUGGGGAUGGAGGAUAGAAGCAUAAAUUGGUGGGGAAAUACUGACCCUGAGCAUUGUGAUUUAGCAACUUGUCCUACAGCAAAGGGCAUAUCUAUAGAUGGUUGUCCAACUUUCUAGUUUCUUAAUGUUUUUUCUUUGUUAAUUCUACCUACUUUGGUUUACACAAUGUAGGGAUAUUCCACUGUGAAAUCGACAAAGAAACGCGAAGCCAUAUAGCUCAAUUGUUGAAUUCUUAAGUAUGAACUUGUAUAUAACUUUUCACUUUUGUAUGUUGAAUCAUAUUAAUCAAUCUGAAGUUAUACAGAUUGGGAAGAAAAGUUCUACUA